AUGACGAAUAUAGAUCCCACAACCCCUACAGAUGAAUCCGACACAUGCUGUUUUUGCUUAGGCACUUCAUUGGAUAUUCCUUCAUUCGGCACAGUUCAAGAUGCACAAGAUAUGUUAAAACCAUGCUCCACAUGCUCAUUAGUUUGCCAUCGAAGAUGCUUGUUGGAUUGGCUUGAUACCAUUCCUCCUGAUAAAUUGCGGAUUAUUCACUUAAGAGCUACAUCUACUUCUUUUUUGAGAAGGAUGGAUCGAGAACACGCUAGUGACUUUGGGUUAGGACAAGCACCAAACACAAAUACUACAGUAAGACUUGAUUUAACAACACUGGCCCUUGAAAGUUGGUUUUACAAUAUUACCAACUUUGCCGCAAAUGAGGAUGGUGAUACUGAUGAAGACUCUCAGAAUGGUUCGUUUGCUGAUGAUGAACAUGAUUUAGCUCAUGAUCAAGUGGUGGCGCGUAGGACUUCACAUGGUAGUCAUGAUAGUCAUGACGAUAAAGCUGUUUUUCGCGACAAUGAACACAUGGUCUACAUACUCGCCCCAUGUCCGCAGUGUAAAAAAUGGAUCAUGUUUUCCAUGAAGAGGUCAUUACUAUUCACAAUUCAUUCAACCUUGAAAUCCGCAGUAACGAAAGUGGUUCGAUACGGUACGGUUUUCCUUGGGAUAACUUCGGCACUCACGGGAGUGGUAUCAAUGGGUUACAUUGGAUUAACUAGUGUGGGAUUGAAAAUGAUGGAUAAAAUUAUUCCCGCACCAUUGUUGAUUCGCUUAUUGACACGAAAAUCAUUGCUCCAAUCACAAGGCACGUACUCUUCGUUGUCGAAAAUACUAUUUGGUAACUCAUCAACAUAUGCAGUUGACAAUUUAGAGCAAGCCUUAGUUCAAGGAUUGAUUGAUCCCUUGAAAUUUUCCCGUAUUCCUGUUUUACCAAUUGUCAUGUAUCGAGCAAGAUCAUCGUCUAUUUUCAGGUUGAUUUUUGGUCGUCGUGAUGAUGCGUUUCCUAGUGCAUUAGUCACUGAGUUUAUGAUUAGUGCAUAUAUAUCCUCCAUUGGUGACCAUGCUUUAGUACGUGCUAUAUACAGAAACGUCAAGUCUGACUUCAUCAAUGGACUUCAACACGGGUUCAAUUUUAAUAUGAAUCCAUUGAAAAACAUUGAUUUUCUUUCCACCAACAAUAUCAUAUCAAUGUUGGUUCCAUUGCGUUGGACUUAUGAUCUUCUUUAUCGGCUUUCAUUCAAUCGUGCCUAUUUCAAUUUAACUAUGGAGUCAAGACCAAGAGCAGUUGCAAAUAGUCUAAGUGAAGCGGAAAUCGAUGAAUUAGAGGGCUUGAAUAAUCAAUUGAAUGAAUUAAUCACCAAGCAUAAGAAAUUGUACCAAAAUAUCAAUAAACGUGUUGAAGCAGACUCAUCAUCAAACAUUCCCUUGAUAUCAUCCUGGAUCAAAUUUGCCCACAAACAAAUGUUGUAUUUGCAUGCUUUACGUAAGUCAUGGCCCAAGUAUAUCAAGUUGAAGUUGAUAUCAAAUGUGAAAUUCACUUGGGCAUGUCUUCGAUAUGACUACUCUUCUCCGUUAGCUGCCAAUGGAGCCGUGAUCAAAGUACUAACAACAAUCUUUUGGCCGUAUCUUGCAUCAAAAGUGGGUCUACUUCUAGCCCCGUUAUUGAGCAAACAAUUGGACGCUUAUAAUAAACUACACAUUGAUAAAAAACUCCUCGUGGCAAACAUUGUCGGGUUGGUGAUUGUUGCCAUUUGUAAGGAGAUACCUCUGCUUUACAUGGCGAGGGAAAAAGCGCAACAAAUGUCACGUAUUAGAUCGGUUGAUUCCCGUUCUCGCAAUUUAUUCAAGGGCUUGGUGUCAAGUAUUGUGCAUGAAGGCAGCAACGGAUCUGAUGGUGAUGGUGACAAUGACAAUGGGGUUGGCGAUGGUGCCGAUGUUGAUGAUGGCACAUUGGGAGAAGUGAGAGAUGUCUUACUAAAUGAUCUUGUUGCUCUACCCGGUAAUUUCCCAGAGUAA